CGUAUAAUCGGAUAUACCCCGGAUAGAUAGGUAACGAUUUAGCUGUACGAUAAAAACCGACCACAGAUUACAUUGUGCCGUCGUGCUGUAGGGAUCUAGACAAAAGUAACUUACAAUAAAAAGAAAAUGGCUGACCAACUGACAGAAGAACAAAUUGCUGAAUUCAAAGAGGCUUUCAGUCUAUUCGACAAAGACGGAGAUGGAACCAUCACAACUAAAGAAUUGGGAACUGUUAUGAGAUCACUGGGACAGAACCCAACAGAAGCCGAGCUCCAGGACAUGAUCAAUGAAGUUGAUGCUGAUGGAAACGGAACGAUAGACUUCCCCGAAUUUUUAACAAUGAUGGCCAGAAAAAUGAAAGACACUGAUUCAGAAGAAGAAAUUAAAGAAGCAUUCCGAGUGUUUGACAAAGACGGUAAUGGUUUCAUUAGUGCCGCUGAGCUUCGUCACGUAAUGACCAACCUCGGUGAAAAACUUACAGACGAAGAAGUAGAUGAAAUGAUCCGGGAAGCAGAUAUUGACGGUGAUGGACAAGUAAAUUAUGAAGAAUUCGUAGCAAUGAUGACGAGCAAGUAAAAAAAUUAAUUCGGAUAACUAUGUUGAAAAAAAAAGAACUGGAUCACAAACUUUCAAAUUAAUUUUUGCUCAAUUCUUUAGAAACAUCUUACACGGGUGUGUCAACUACGCAAAAUGUGUAAGAUUCAAAGAAAGUGAACAGAAGUAAAGAAAAUAAAUCUAUCAAAUGUGUAUGCACAUUGCCUCAGUGACUUAUUGUUGUAUAUACGUUGUUCAGAUUAUCAAUAAAUUAUUUAAAAUCUA